CGUGUGUGGAUGUGAGCACUCUUUUCUCUCCUAUUAUUUGAGUGGCUGCAGGUACUGGUGUCUGCCUCUAUGCCUCUGUGCCAGAGGGAUAAAGAGAGAAAGACAGAGGACUAGUGCUUCAUAUCCCCCCUCUGGCCUCCCCGUCUCCCUGCUCCCUGUCACUCCAUCCUUCCUUCCUCCCUCCCGGACCACCCGUCAGCGGCUGGAUCAACCCGACCGGACCCUCCUCCCACAACCCCUUUGACUAUCCUCACUUCACCGUCCCAUCUUGUGAACUGUGUGCAGGAAUUUCUCUUUUCUUGGAGUUGAAGGCUGGAUUUGGCAGUGCGGUCACAGACAAUCUUGGUUUGGAACAGUAGAAGAAAACCUUUAAUUUCAAAUAAAAAAUAAACCUCCUUUACAGAGAGACAGUAAGGACUUGCUCAGGUGAGGUACACUGGACAGACGGGACUCUCUCAAGUCGUCUGGAAGUGUGACGGCACGUGGUCACAUGACCUGGAAGAGAAAACCCAAGAGACUUCUGGGAUCCCUCUCUGAAUGGGCCGCUUAUCAACCUGGAAAGAAGUCUAAAGGCUGAUGAACUGAUCCGCACAGCGACACAGCUGCGCUCUCUUCCCCUCUUCAUCUGUCCAAUCUCCCCAUUUAUGUCCUGAGAUCCACAACUUUCUGCAACUCUGGUGACUGGUUGGCUGCUGAACCAUCAUUCUCGUCCUACUCCUGGGGAUUUCCUGUCACGUGACCAUAUUCCUGCUUCACCUCCACUCCUAGAAUGGAACCCAACAAAGUCCAGUCAGAGGGCGGGCUGAAUGUGACCCUGACCAUCCGGCUUCUCAUGCACGGCAAGGAAGUGGGAAGCAUCAUCGGAAAGAAAGGGGAAACUGUGAAGAAGAUGCGUGAAGAGAGCGGUGCUCGCAUCAACAUCUCAGAAGGAAACUGUCCUGAGAGGAUCGUCACCAUCACUGGACCCACAGAUGCCAUCUUUAAGGCCUUCGCUAUGAUCGCAUACAAGUUUGAAGAGGAUAUAAUCAACUCCAUGAGCAACAGCCCAGCCACCAGUAAGCCCCCAGUCACUCUGCGUCUCGUGGUGCCCGCCAGUCAGUGCGGCUCCCUCAUUGGCAAGGGAGGCUCAAAAAUCAAAGAGAUGAGAGAGUCCACAGGAGCUCAGGUUCAGGUAGCAGGGGACAUGUUGCCUAACUCCACAGAGCGCGCAGUGACAAUCUCCGGCACCCCGGAAGCCAUCAUCCAGUGUGUCAAACAGAUAUGUGUGGUCAUGCUGGAGUCCCCACCGAAAGGUGCCACCAUUCCCUACCGCCCAAAGCCCGCCUCCACCCCCGUCAUUUUUUCAGGUGGCCAGGUAAGAGCCGACCCGCUGGCGGCGUCCGCAGCCAACCUCAGCCUUUUACUGCAGCACCAGCCACUGCCUGCUUACACAAUUCAGGGACAAUAUGCCAUUCCACACCCAGAUCAGUUGACCAAGCUCCACCAGUUGGCUAUGCAGCAAACCCCCUUUACCCCCCUCGGACAGACCACCCCUGCUUUCCCUGGUCUGGAUGCCAGUCCCCCGGCCAGUACUCAUGAACUCACCAUUCCCAAUGAUCUAAUAGGCUGCAUAAUCGGGCGCCAGGGAACCAAAAUCAACGAGAUCCGUCAGAUGUCUGGAGCGCAGAUCAAAAUAGCUAAUGCCAUGGAAGGGUCAUCAGAGCGCCAGAUCACCAUUACAGGAACCCCCGCCAACAUCAGCCUUGCCCAGUACCUCAUCAACGCAAGGUUCAGAGACGUGGCAGCCAUGUGGAAUGACCCUUCAUCAAUGACUACAUCCUGAAGCCCCAAACUGCUUUCAUUAUCUGAAGCUAUCAACAGCUGAUUCCCAAUAAUCCUUACAUACAAUCUUCCCUUAGAACUCACCAACCCCUUCCCUUAAACCCCAUGGUCAACUUCAUCAGUAGCUUCACUCAUGUAGGCAGACUACUGAAAUCUAAAAAAAAAAAAAAGAAAAGAAAAGCAGGACAACUGUAGUAUGAUUUGUUCAUGUCAUGCAGUGUUUCAGUGUAGUAUUUUAGCAUGCUGAAUGCUUGGAUCUUGUUAUAUAUUUAUUUAUUAUUUGAAAUGAGAUAGUUUAGUUCAGCAUGGUUGCUGAAUAAGUUUUGUAGUUUGACAGCAAAGCCUAACAUGAUUUAAAAAAAGAAAAAAAAAAAAAGAAAAA